AACCAACCCCCCUGCGUGAUUUGCGUUAACACGGCUUUCACUUCUCUAAAGGCCUUAAUUUUCUGCCAUUUAUGACCUUCUCCUCAGCUGCCCAUACACACUUUUUUUCCUUUCCAAUCUGUGAGAAGCCUUAAAAUAAUAGCAUUACUGUACUUCCCUAAGUCUGGAUUUCUCUACCCCAAAGCAGCUCAGGGAGACUCAGUCACCGAGGGCCACAAGCAGCUCCGUGCACCAGCGCUCAACCUCCGCAUGUUGGGGACCGAUAAAGGGAGAUGGCCCAAAAGAUAAUUGCUAGCUGUGCUUAGAGAGAAGAGCGAAAAAAAACGGAGCGAGAGCAGCAAAAUGAGGUGGUUGGCAUGAAGAUGGCAGUUGCAGCGUGUUCGUGCCCGAUAACCUCCCGCUCACCCUGCUCCUCUGCGGCCGUCGAGGGGUAGGACGGGACCCCUCUGGCCAGGACGGAGGACCUCGGAGCGGACAGAGCGGUCGCAGGCCGGCAGAGCUGCACCCGACAUGAUCAGCCAGCCCGAGAAGGCACGGCCGCGGCACAGGCGCGCGAGCGAGAGCUACGAUGAGAAGUGCGAGCGGCGGCACGAGACGCGGGAGAACCUGCGGCGGCGAAACAACGUGACGACCUGCCGCCACCUCGGGAGGGGGGCGGAGGAGCCGUCGCAGAGCCCCCGGCAAAGGGAGUUCCUGAGGAGGAGACACCUGGCAAGCGACGCUGGAAAGACACCGCCGCGACAGCAGCCCAAAGCCUGCAUCCCCCCGGACCCCUCCUCACGGGUAGAGCCAAAGGCAGCUGUGCUGCUCCAGCACCCAUGGAGCUGCCCCACGUUCCCCCCUGCACACUCCCUGCUCAGCCUCAGCGUCCCCCGCAGCAUUUCGGCGGGAGCCAUCCCCAGGCAAGGUGCCCCCGUGAACACCCAAGGAACCCAGACCCUUACAAAUCCAAGCGCAGGACUGAAGGACUCGAGCCAGCAGACAGAUUGUGGAAUAGCAGUUUUAAAUAAGGAAAUGGUGCAGCUGUCCAACUACCUGAAGGAGGCCCUGCACCGCGAGCUGCUGCUCAAGCAGAAGAUGGUGAUUUUGCAGGAGCUUUUCUCCACACUGCUGCAAGCAUCAGAGAAAUCCUGGCAGGGUCAGCUGAAUGAAGAUAAACUGAAGUGUAAACUAAGGGCACUUGAAAAUCAGCUACAGGCCUGCACCCAGAGUUACUCAAAGGAGUGUGUGAAGAAGAUCCUGAUAGAGAUGGAGGACCAGAAGCAGACCUACGAGCAGAAGGCAAAAGAGGCUCUUCAGAAGAUGCUGGAGGACAAACUCCAAACAGAGCAGCAGCUGCAAAACUCUCAAAGAAGCCUGACAGCAACAAGAGAGGACCUUGCCUUCUGGAAAGAGCACUACACCACCCUCAAAGCUGAAUUGACCAAGAUGACCACGGCGCACACCGAGCUUGAGAACAGCUUCCACGUUUUGCAAAGCAAACUGCAGCGAGCGGACACGCAGAACGAGCAGCUCCAGCAGGCCCUGCGCAGCCUGCAGGGCGAGCACGCCGCGCUCCACCGGCGAGCCAGCGCCUUGCAGGAGGACAACGACCUGAAGGCUGAGCACAUCGGCGCCAUCGAAGAUAAAUUGCAAAAAGAACAAAACCAGAAGGUAACGCUGGAGGCAACAAUCAGCCUUCUGCACAACUUGAUGCGCAACCAGACCAACGAACAGAAGACCCAGGAGCUGACAGUGCAGAGGAAAGACCAGGUUUUCACCACGCAGACCCCACCUCUCACUCCUGCCAAGGAAAAACAAAACGCUCUGUUAGAGCACCUCGAGGAGGAGGAGGGAGAAGAAAGUCUGAAGGAUGAGAUGCAGAAAAGGACAUCCCAGCUCACAGCAAAGGAGAACGAGGUGUAUAUGGGCGUGCAGGUAGCAGAAGCGAAAAUCUCCCGUCACUGCAGUGCCCGUGCGCUGCCGAAGCGCUGCAGCCGCUGCGGGAGCCCUGCCGCUCUCAGUGCGUACAAGAGCGAGGGGGUCCCUCCUGCUAACGGCCCCUCGCUCUGCUUGCAGUGCACGGAGCUGCGCUCGGAGCUGGAGGCCCUGAGCGACGAGUACCGCUCCUGCCUGACCAGGCUGCGCCAGUGCCGGGACGAGCUCAACCACUUCCAGAGCAAGCAGGCAAAGAGACGGUGCAAUCACUGGAUCCCUCUCUUGGUGGCAGUGACAGCAAUGGCCAUAGCCACCUUCCUCACAAGUUACAGACCAUGAGGGACCUUCCUGAUGACUGACCUCACUGCAGGAACUGACUUCUUCACCAACAGCAACACACCCUCGCCACAGUGCACCGGCUGCUACUUCGUACUUGCCCGUUUGGUUCAUAUCCUGAGCUGGCCUCACUCCAGACAAACUCCCGCAGCCCCAGUAAACGCCAGGAGAUCCCUCCUUCCCUCAGCUGCUUUGGUUAUUCUGCGUCAGCUGAAGGUUGUGCUGCCCAGUCCCUGCGGCGCUGAGAGACAAAGCCACUCCAACCACCACUCCCAGGGCUUGUGCAGGGCAGGAGGGAUGGGGCAUCCAGUGCCCUUGGGAGCCAGCCUCCCUGCUUUUCGUGACCAGCAGCUGAGAGGACUACAAAAUUCUCUUCCUUUAUUGCCUCCCUAAAUGGGAGGUGUUUGACCUUCAACCGUGUCUAUUGACAUCUGACAGAGAAACCCAGCUCAGGGAGGCUUUUUAGCGCAGUCCCCUCGUGCUCCCCCCAUGCACUGCCUGUUUUGAGCAGUUUUCUCACCUCCCUCUCACAGGGCCCAGUUCAGACCACCACUCUUUGAGCCUGCCUCAUGGCCAAGCAUCCCACAGCCGUAUCUGCUUCCCUUUCACUGCCAGCACCACAUUAAUUUGUCAGAGACAGACCACAUUAAUUUGUUUAAGCCCCUUUCGGAACUGCACUGUACAGGUUUUAUGGUAGCAUUUGCCCCUCGUUCAAGCGCAGGCUCAGCUACGUGUGUGACACCACGUCACACAAGUAGUAAAUAUGAUAUGGAGCCUACAAUAAACUUCACAAAUUCAAAA